GGAGGAAAGAGUGCCGAGAAAGAGAACGGGGCAGGGCCAGAAGUUAUCUGGAAGAGGAGAGGAGAAGUAGAAGAAGAAGGAGACGCAGACGCAGGGAGGGAGAGAGCCAGGGCCAUUCAGAGAGGACAUGAUAUCAUUUGGAGGAAGAAAGAGAGGGAGUAAAACAGGAACGCGUGGUAAGAUUUGAGAUUACGAUGCACUCAAAAGUAGGUGGUAAAGAAAGCGUGCUGCGUUGGAUACUAGCCAUACAUCAGUAAGCCUCCUCUCUCUUCUUCACUGUAGUAUCGAAAAACAAUUGGAGCUGUCUAUUGUGUGUGUUGCUGGAGUGUACAUGCGCGCAACCCCCUUGUGAUCCCCUCGUUGGCUGCUAAUAGGAUUUUUAUAGGCAUGUGUCAAGCAGGAUAGAGCUGCCAAAAAGCUUCACACUUCCACGCAUGUACACACCACAACACACACACACACACACACACAGACCAUCUUAAGAAGCCUUGUGGGCCGGGAAGAUUUAUACAGCCUCGCACACGUGUCAACACAUCACAUUAUGAGAGCGCACCCCUCAGUGCAAAGACACAUGGGAGGGGGCGUUGAGAGACAAUCACUUGUGUUGAUUCUCCAUGGUGAAGCCGACAGCUGGAUAACAGGCCCUCACUGAGAGGCUAUUAAGUCCGGCUUCAAGAUACUCACAGAUAUUGUUUUACAUUGUGGCAAAAACUCCAAGACGAACACUUUGUGGAGAGCUAAGACUGUCGUCCUCAGUCCCUGGGAACACAUGAACCUUGAUGCAGAUUUAAAAGUGAACUGAUGACAACAUGAUAUGCACUGGUGCAGAACAAAUACACUUUUUUCAUCGGCUUCUUCCAUUAACUGGGACAUCCAACUUUUCUUCUUCUCAUUCUCCUUUCAUCGUGGGUACAGCCGUUUUUAAAGCAGCUGGGUUUCAGCCGCCUGGUAACGAGUGGAGGACAGAAAACCAGACGGAUGGGACAUACAGAUGGCUGUGUGUCCUUUAUAGAGAAACACAUUGAAUACUGAGACAUAAAGACUUUGAUUGAAUCACUAGAGACUGUGUGGAUUUAAAGACUGACACUGCAGAUUCACUAUGGAGCUCGUCCCAAAAACCAAGUACACCCACUUUCGGAGUGAGUCGCUGAGCUCAACUGAUGAAACAAACUCCAAUCCAUCAUCGUUCCCUCCAUCCAGUCCUGCCGGCCCGCUCACUCCCUCCCCUGGUUUACCUUCCUCUUUCUCCUCCUCGUCUCUCACUCCCAUCUUGCCCCCUUCCUCUCCCCGCCAGGCUGAGAACAGCCCCACCACCCUCUGCUCCUUCUUCCCCAGAAUGGGAUCCCUCCGCCUGGGUGUCUCUGCCACUCUUCUCCCUGGACUCAAGGCCUCGAGAGGGCUGCAGCUGCCCCAUGCGCCUGUUGAGUCCUCUGGGGACGACAGGAGUAACUCCAGCUCCUCCCCUAUUUUUCAUCACCUAAUACCCCCUUUAACCGCUCCUUCUCCCCCUCCCCGACCUCCUCUGCAGGACAUGAACCGGCUGGGAGGGGCGUCCAGGAGGGCACGCGUGGAAGGAGGGCAGCUGGGAGGAGACGAGUGGACGCGCCAUGGCUCCUUUGUCAACAAGCCCACCCGCGGCUGGCUGCACUCCGAUAGUGUGGUCACCAGCGCCGGUGUUUCCUACAGUGUCCGGUACAUGGGCUGCGUGGAAGUGCUACAGUCGAUGCGAGCGCUGGACUUCAACACCAGAACUCAGGUCACCAGGGAGGCAAUCUCCGUGGUGUGCGAGGCCGUGCCCGGAGCCAAAGGAGCCCAGCGCCGGAGAAAGCCAUCUUCUCGCUGUAUGACAUCCAUCCUGGGGAAGAGUAACCUGCAAUUUGCCGGCAUGACAAUCACCCUCACCAUCUCCACCAGCAGCCUCAACCUUCUGGCCGCUGACUGCAAACAGAUAAUCGCCAACCAUCACAUGCAGUCCAUCUCCUUCGCCUCUGGAGGAGACCCAGAUACGGCUGAGUACGUAGCAUAUGUGGCCAAAGACCCAGUCAACCAGAGAGCUUGUCAUAUCCUGGAGUGCUCAGAGGGUUUAGCCCAGGAAGUCAUCAGCACCAUUGGCCAGGCCUUUGAACUGCGUUUCAAACAGUACCUAAAGAACCCUCCCAAACUGGUCACACCUCACGACAGAAUGGCUCCGUUUGACGGCUCUGCGUGGGAGGAAGAAGAUGAAGAGGCUGCUCAACCUCCUGACGUCCCUUACUAUAAUAAUUUCCCUGGAAAACAGCCUCCCCCUGGUGGACUGGUUGACAUGAGGACCCGCCCGGGUGCCACGCUGCCGUAUGGACAGCCAGGCCAGAAUGACAUCCACAAGCAGCCUCUGCCGCCUCUACCAGUGGGUGCCAAAGAAGGGGGACGAGAACUGUUCGAUGACCCUUCAUACGUCAACGUUGACAAACCCCGUCUCCCAGUUGCAGCCAAUGGAAAUGCUCACAGAGAUGCUUUUGACAUGAAGCCGUUUGACGAUGCCCUGGGAGUCUCUGGACAUGGUGGUCCAAACUCGGUGUCAGCGGCGCCCCCUCUGGUGGAGCAGCUGCAGUGCGAGUCCUGGUUCCACGGUAGCUUGAGUCGCAGGGAGGCAGAGAGGCUUCUGACCCGCGAUGGAGACUUCCUCGUGCGAGAGUCUGGAACCACGCCUGGACAGUAUGUCCUCACGGGACAGCAGGGGGGUCAGCCCAAACACCUGCUACUAGUCGACCCAGAAGGAGUGGUCCGCACAAAAGACCAUCGGUUUGAAAGUGUGAGUCACCUGAUCAGUUACCACAUGGACAACAGACUCCCCAUCGUAUCUGCUGGUAGCGAAGUGUGUCUGCAACAGCCAGUAGAGCGCAGAGCCUAACGUUACACAAGCCAAUGAAAUACUCCACCAAAUGUACACACUCCUGAAGCAAUUCAACACCAGACAUAGACACCUUCAUAUGCUUUAAACACAGCAACACUACACUAAACACAGAUGCAUACAUACAUAUACAAUAAUAAAUAUGCACACAACACUGCAAAGAAAGCCAAAAAUAUAUAAUCUUUCUGUAAAUCACACACUUGCUGCUGUUGCUACAUAUUCCUUUCCUUUCUGAAAGCUGAACUGUGACCUGCAGUCUUCGACCCCCAACUCUUUUCAGGCGCACCCCUCCAACACGGAGAAGCACCGCUGCAAUUUCUCAACAGCCUACUGUGAACCAGGGAGGAGCCCUUUGCUAAUUUAAAAACAGGGCGGAAAACAAAAUGCAUUUUUUUAUAAGGAAAAAAAAUAACAUGCAAUUUAUGAGAAAAAAAUAAGAACUAAUUCAUGGAAUCUUGUACCAAAAAAAAGGACUCAAACAUGAAGAAAGGAGCAUUAAUGGGACAUUGAAUGAGAUUUUCAGUGCUUGUAACCGUGUGUUGUUUCAUUCAGCGAAAUGAUUUCCCUCCUCGCACUGUCGCUGGAGCAUAUUUGGCAAAACAGGAACUGGAUGGUAAUGAUUGUUUUUUCCAGAGACAUAAACUCUUCACUUCACGUGUCAAUGGAGCACUUCAGCAGCAAACCUGACUUUAAAAAAAAAAAAAAAAAAAAGCCUGGGGAUUAUGCAUAAACGAGUUUUUGCUUCCAACCUAAUCAGGGGAGGCUGCCCCAAGCCACUCCCCUUUUAAGGACUUUUGAACUUUGACCCCUGGAGUGAUACCUGGCGACGAUGAAAGCCUGUAUGCAAAACUGGGGGAUUGCUACGCCAAUGACCACGUCCUUUUUUUUUUUUUAACUGUUCUCUUGGGACUCAUUACUUCUAGGACAUUCUGAGGAGGAUCUAAACAGCUGUAUCUCCCUAAUCCCUCUGUAAAUACACACACACACACACACACACACACACACAUACACACACACAUACACACACACACACACACACACACCUUUAAACCACACAUGGUCUGCACCACCUGUCAUGCCAAAGAACAUGAAUUGGUUGCCAACAGCAGAGAAAAGCCAUGACAACCAUCAGCAGUUAUCUAUCAUGUAGGCUUACAGCAUUGGGAGCAAGUUUAGAUUUAAUAUGCAUAUUAAAAUUGGAUUUAGGGGGGAGAAGAAUCUAGGUGUUGUGUUUGACUACAUUAUCAAAACUGAGAUUUUGUAAGUAAAUUGUGCAUUGAUGUCACCAAAAAAAACGCAAUAGCAAGUAUGUUAAGAGAAGCAUAAUUUGACACUUAGUGUGUGUUUGCACUGACAAUCUAUGGUUUAUAUCUUUAUGGGGGAUUAUGACUGAAAGCAGAGGAGUUUAAAAAAAGAGCGCUUUAAAUUUAGGCAAACAUUGAACAGUCCACGCAAUUACUCUCCCUCUGCAAAAUGAUCAUUGUAACUGGUAAGGUGAUUUUGUGAAUCGUGAUGUUGCUUUAUUUUUCAAUCACUUGAGGGAAUAAUGUGCUUUGGGAAAAAAAAAUGAGGUGGUUUGGUGGUAACUAAACAAAAAGUACAUACCUGUUUUCGGAGCAUUGCUAAUGUUAAGCCAAAUGUUGCUCCUCAGUGUGCUGUUUUCACAAACUGAGGAUCUAGGGGGGAGAAGUUCACGCUAUUUUUUUGUCCUUCUCUAUUUCUCCUUCCUCAGUUCAUGAUGAUGAUGUUGUUUUUGUAUAUCUUUUUAAUUGUGCCUUGUUUCUUCAAUGCAGUCACGUGACUUCAAUGCAGUCACCUUAUGUACUUAAUUCAAAUGUAGUAGACUACAGGAGAAUCUCACACAAGCCUCUCAGUUAAACAAAGACUUUGCAAAAAUGACACUCCAAUAAACACUCACACACAGAUCCAGUGAUGGCAAUCUCCUCUUGCACAUUCUUGCAUUCAGCUUAUAGUCACAGAUACUUGAUGUCAUCGUGGAGGGAGGGGUAAUUUCCUGACCAUCUGUAAAUAACAUAGACUCUUGAUUGGUCAGUUCAGUGUUGGAUUAUUGUUAUCAUGUCCUUAAUGACUUAUGUGAGAAAAAGAAAACACCACAGCACUGAGGUAGCUCUUUUUAAAUCCAAUUGAACUUGUCAAAGAAGUCGAUGCCAAACUCUUGAAACAUGAGAAGGGAUCUUUUAAGCUAAACCUUAACUGUCAACUAGUCGUCAGACCCUGAAGUGGGUUCAUAUGUAAUGCACACAUACACAUACCUGACUGACAGCUGGGUCAGUGACACACACACACCUGUUUAGGUUUUUGUAGGUCAGAGAUGGGAAAACCAGAGCUUUAAUAUCUGCCAUUACUGUGAGUGUGUGUUCAUAAACUGACCCACUGGACCCUCGUCAUCAUCAGUGAACCAGUCCUGUGUUAUCUUCCUUCAUCACAGAUGCCUUUGUUGCAUGAAAAUCCUUUUUUUGUAUGUGUUGUUUGUUGUUGGUGAUGGUGAUAGUGUUGAUGAUGCUGUUGUACUUUUUAAUUUGUGAAAGCCAAAGGUUACUUUUGAAUAGCGUGCAAAGAUAUUGAUUUUUACUUUCUGUGUUUCUGUUUUUUAGUACUUUUUGUUUUUAGGGAAACAUUUGUGUUUACACCUGUAUCUGAAAAUAUAGAUUGCAUAUAUAAAUACAUAUAUCAUUCA